AUGGAGGCUGAAAAUAAAAUCUUGUUGAAAAAUUUAAACUCCAUCGAUGAUAUUAAUACUCGCCAGUUUAUCCAAUCCGAACAAGCAAAAAUCAUACAAAAAAGAACGCAACAACAACAAACUGAAGAGAAUGCUCCAAAUUUAUAUCGAGAAUAUUUUGGUGAUCGUGGAG